AGAACUCAGCGCGCAAAGAACCAGAGAAACCAUGCAAACCAAAGAACAGCACUGAAUCCAUCGGUGCCAUUUGAAUCUUCAGGUGUUUUCUAGAUGGAGCUACAGGAUGCAGUGGAACAGCUUUGGGCCAGCUGCCGCGUGUUGUCCUCGUCGCAGGAGGGGCUACAAAGUUUGGUCACCACCUUGCGCUUGGAGGACUCCAACACAGCGGCCAAGGUCAUGUCGCUGUGUGCAGAGGUCACGAGGUCCUCGUUGGAGGUCUCCGCCCAUGAGAGGAGCCUCCUGCAGACCUAUGGUUUUCCCUUCGUGGAAGGUGCUGAUCCAAGGGCGGAUAUCCUGAACUUCUUGGUGAUCAUCGGCCUCCUGGUGCUUUUGACCAUCCUCUGGGAAUGUCUGGUCUUGCGGAGUUCAAUGGUUUGGUGUGCACGACUGACGGACCUGGGCAUCCCAAAGCUUGUGGAGAAGAUCCAGGACCUGGGAGGCGUUUUGGCGAAUAUUUUGCACCAAAAGGAACAACAGGAAGACGGCACCAUCGUGGUGUCCACCUCCAUCUCCUCCACGCCUCCGUCGAAGAAGUCGGAGACCAUGUCUGAGGAGGAGAUCCAAGAGGCCUGGAGAAACUUGAGGCAGCACAAGGUCGUCACGCCAGAGGAGCCGAAGGGGAACGAGGUGGGCUUUGAGCACCUGAACUUCACGGGCAAAGCCUCCGACGGCGAAGUCGUGGUCCGUUUGGUCCGGAGCGGCAGCGCCGAGGGCGAGUUGCAGGUGCGCAUCGGGCCCAGCGAAUCCAAGUUGGAACAGGCAGAUGACGUGGCUGACAAUGGCAAGGACUACAUCUUCCAGAAUCAAGUCGUCACCUUCAAGGACUCUGAGGUGGAAGUCGAAGUGAAGAUUCAACUCCAACCACCUCGAACCUAUAAAACCACCCAGUACUUCGAGAUUGAUUUGCUGGAGGUGGUGAAGGGAAAAGCCACCUUAGGUGGUCCCAGUUUGGCGCGGGAGAGCCACCGCCGCACCGUCCGAGUCUACAUCUCCUACGACUACGCGUUCCCUUACAACAUUCCAACAGCCAAGCAGAAGUCGCGCUUCUGGGUCAUUUGGUACUACCUGCAGGAGCGAAGGAGCUCAAGAGGUCUGCACUGGUGGAAGACCUUGCUGGGUCUCUUGUACGAUCCGGUCCACACUGUUUGCGUCACCGCGCUGCUGCAAAAGAUCCUCUUGGACCAGAUUUGCGAUCCGGACAUCCCGGGCGACAAGCCGCUGGAGAUCUGCAUGAUGGGUCUGGCGCAGUUCGCCUCGGCGGCGCUCCUCCGCUUCGGCGACAAGCUGGCGGUGGAGAACCGCGGACGCACGGGUGGCACGCGCAUGGUGCACCGGAAGCAGCUCUUCGCGAAGCUCUUGAUGUUGGAUGCUGAGGAGCUGAACAAGGUGGAUGGGCAUUGGUGGUUCUAUGUGGGCGUCAACAAUGUGGAUGCGAUGGCGAAGGAUUGCUAUUACCAAGGCUUUGUGGUGAUCCAAAGUGCCUUUGGACUGCUACUCUCCAUCCUGAUGCUCCUCUAUGUACAGGCGAGCAAGGUGAUGCAAGCUGGAGGCAACGGCUGGGGUGAGACCAUGCAGAAUCUGGCUGGGCCGGGCGUCGGACAAUUGGUCAUGGUCUUGCUUUGCUUCGGUCUACUGCGACGGGCCAACAGGCUGGGCGACUUGCUCUUCCAUCGGAUGGCCGGCGAGGCUGCCUGGGUCGACAGCUUCUCGUGGCUCUGUCAUGCGGGUUUGCCUCUGAAGAGCUUGGCCUCACGGAUUUGUUCAAGGGUGGAUCUCCGAUUCCUCAACGAGACUAAGUACUUCGUCAGCUACCACAAGAGCUCCCGAGAUUGGUCCAACGAUACCCUGUGGUUGGUGAAGUGGAUGAUCAACUUGGCCUACAUCUCGGUCUUGGUCUUGGGUGCGAAGUCCCUGUUGGAAAACCGCGAGCUCGGCAGCAGCGACUUUCAAUCCGGCGACUUCGUCUUCCAACUGAAGAUCUUCUCCAGCUUCGGCAAAUAUCUGGUGAAGAUCGUCCAGUCGUUCAUCAAGAUGUAUUCCGCCUCGGUGGGAUUGCAACAGUUUGCGGAGAUCAUGAACUGGCCCGAACGCUCUUUGUCGCAGUCCACCAAGGAGGGCCGUGUCAUGCACGACGUCACGACAUCAGAAAUCAUUUUUGAAACUGAAGCUGAAGAUGAAGACCAAGGUCGAGCAUUGCCCCUGGUGCCCUUGUCCAGGGUGGUGCGGAAGGCCUUGCGGAUCCCUUUAGGUCGGGUGGUCCGUGUGACCAGCCAACGAGAGAGAUAUCUGCUGAACUUCCUCUACCAGGUUUCAGAGUUGAAAGCUCCCCGGCGCGGUAAGGUGAGGAGACCCCAGGGUGUCCGCAUCACGUUUAUCCCUGCAGUGGCUUUGCACACGCCUCAUGCCACUGUACUGGAGGAGUUGAAGGCUGAUGUGGAGAAGCACCCAGAGGUGCUGAAGCGUUUAUUGAUGAUGUUCGAAUGGGAUCCGGAUGAAACGUUGGAAGAGCUUCAAGCAGGGCAGCUGCAAGCGAUCGCACUGAUCCUCGCCAUGCUCAGCAAUCCUGACGUGUUGGUUUUGGAUCGGCCAUUGGCCUUCUUGACCACGGAACAGCGGCAGAAGAUCUUGCUGCUCCUCUCCUUGUGGCAGGAGGGAGGCCUCGAAGCCUUGCUGGCGAGUCUGAAGCCAAAGCCCGAAAGCUUUCCCAAGUGCCCCAAGUCGCUGAUCGUCAGCGUCGAGGCCUCGGAUGAUCUGCCGUCGGAGCUGUUUCCGGACGUGCACACCGUCGACUUGGAUCUGGAGAACGAGUUGGACCUCUUUGGCGAUCCCCUGGAGCUCACCGUCCGUCUGUGACGAAGCGAGCGACCGCGUCGCGGACCUGCGACGAGCGACGGACCCUGACGGCACCGAAGUGGUCGGAUUCCGGGAAUCGCCCAAAACGACCGGUUCAACCCCUGAGAACCGAAGAG